AUUUUAUAAUACAGUGAAUAUUGAAUUUACAUUUUGACGGUUCUGUUCAAAAGUGAAAUCUUAAUUUUGCCGUUAUGUUCGCUAAUGCCUUUCAAAGCGGGUUUAUAUCAAUCUUUUAUAGUGUUGGUAGCGCACCAUUGUCCAUUUGGAAUAAAGAGGUAAAAAAUGGUCACAUAAGAAGAGUAGUAGAUGAAGAGGUGAAGUCUUUAGUUCUCGAAAUAGCAGGAACGAAUGUGGCCACAACAUACAUUACGUGCCCGCAAAAGCCCCGUGUGUCUUUAGCUAUAAAACUGCCGUUUCUCGUCAUGAUAAUAAAAAAUAUGAAGAAAUACUUCACGUUUGAGAUUCAAAUUUUGGACGAUAAGGACAUUCGUCGUCGGUUUCGUGUGUCUAAUUUCCAGUCAACAACAAAAGUCAGACCAUUCUGCACAACGAUGCCAAUUGGUUUGAGUGAUGGCUGGAAUCAAGUGCAGUUCAAUCUGGCGGAUUUUACCAAAAGAGCAUAUGGGUCAACUUAUUUAGAAACUGUCAGAGUUCAAGUACAUGCGAAUGUUAGAAUAAGACGCAUCUACUUCUCAGACACCCUUUAUAGCGAAGACGAAAUGCCGAAUGAAUUCAGACUAUUCCUUCCAACAGCUGCUACUAAGACCAAGGCAAGAGAGAAAGUAACGACAGUGUACUUCAUCGGGACUUGCCUACGGUAUGAUCUUUUAGGCAAGGUAGAAAAGAAAGCACCUGCAAAAGCCGCUGCCGCAGAAGAAGUUCCCUCUGGAGCACCACCUUCACCCGUUGAAACCACCGCUGAGGGUCCCUUACCAACUGCCGAAUCUCCUGAAGAACCGCCAGAAGCACCAAAGGCUGAAGGGGAAACCGUACAAGAAGAGGUCGCCCAAAAAGAGGAGGCUCCUACUGAAGAAGCUCCUGAAGGUGAAGAAAAGGGACCUGAUGGAGUCGCGCCAGAGGGUGAACUACCAGCAGAGGGCGAACCACCAGCAGAUGGUGAGGCUGCUCCACAAGCUGAAGAAGCAACCGAAGGCGAAGCACCUCCUGCAGAAGAAGCCCCAUCAGAACAAGAAGCAGCGGAGGCGCCACCGGAAUCAACUGAGCCAGCAGCUGAAGCAGCUCCACCAGAGGACCAUCCUGCGGAGGCACCUCCAGCUGAAGAAGCUCCUAAAGAGGAAUAGAUAUUCUCUCGAAUUGUUAUCUUAUAGAAAUCUAAGGGAGAUACCUAUAAAAACGGCAUAUGAUUCCAAAAAUGCAUCUUUUAAAUUAAUUGGUGAAUUCUAUAACAUUGCCUUGUUAAUCUCGAAGAUGAAUAUUUUUUAAAUGAAUUAUUGCAGACA